AUGGUGGUCGACACGGCAUACUACGACCAGCUGGGCGUUUCGCCGACGGCGACGGAGCUCGAGAUCAAGAAGGCAUACCGCAAGCAGGCGAUUGUUCACCAUCCAGAUAAGAAUCCAAACGAUCCGACAGCGCACGAAAAGUUCCAGGCUAUCGGCGAAGCGUACCAGGUGCUCUCAGACCCAGACUUACGGAAAGCCUACGACAAGUACGGCAAGGAUGCAUCGCAACCCAGUGAGGGGUUUGUCGACCCGGCGGAGUUUUUUACCAGCAUCUUUGGCGGGGACGCAUUUGCCGACUGGAUUGGCGAGAUAUCUCUCAUGAAGGAUCUGACAGCUACGAUGGACAUUGCUGGGACAGCUGAGGAGGGCGAAGAGGGCUCCGCCACCGCCGAGGACGGCGAGUUUCCCGGCACCGAGGAGGCGAUGAAGGAGAGUGAGAACGCGGCCGGGGAAGAGCACACAGCGGUGGCUGCGUCGGCUACCGAUAGCGAUGCGGGUGCGGCCAAGCCAGCCGCUGUGGUGGUGGAGGACGAAAAGGACAGCGGAGCGACGGCGGCAUCGUCGGAACCCAGGAAGCCUGUCGCCGAACCGCCUGCAGCAAAAGCGUCACCUCCCUCGGGCCGGACAUCGCCGCUGCCCACGGGCUCUGGCCAGAGCACGCCGGGUGGGCGCAAGAUGCUUCCGAUUCGACCGGCACUGCCAGAGCGGCCGCACUCGGAAACGGGCGGCCCGUCGGCGAUGGCCGGCAGUGAGGACGAUAGCAAGGACAUGAAGAAGAAGGACAAGAAGAAGGCGGGUUUGUCGAAGGAGCAGCGCGAGCACCUGGCAGCAUACGAGCGCGAGCGGGCGCGGAUUCGACAGGAACGGGUGGACAUGCUGGUGCGCAAGCUGCUGGACCGGGUGUCGCUGUGGACGGAGACGGACAAGGGCCGGGACGUGACCCGGUCAUUCCAGGAGAAGAUCCGGCUGGAGGUGGAGGAGCUCAAGAUGGAAUCGUUUGGACUGGACAUUCUGCACGCGAUCGGACACACGUACGUGAGCAAGGCGACGGCGGUGCUUCGUAGCCAGAAGCUCUUCGGCAUGGGCGGAUUCUUUAGCCGGAUCCGCGACAAGGGCACGCUUGUGAAGGAGACGUGGAACACGAUCAGCUCGGCUAUUGACGCGCAGCAGACGAUGGAAGAGAUGGCGCGGAUGGAGGAGCGCGGCGGCGAGGAGUGGACGGACGAGAAGAAGACGGAGUACGAGCGGCGGGUGACGGGCAAGAUCCUGACGGCGGCGUGGCGCGGCAGCAAGUUUGAGAUCCAGAGCGUGCUGCGCGACGUGUGCGACGCGGUGUUGAACGACAAGAAGGUGCACCUGUCGAAGCGGCUGGAGCGGGCGGAGGCUCUGGUGCUCAUCGGUGACAUUUGCAACAGGGCACAACGAACUCCGGAAGAGGAAGGCGACUACAUGGCGUUUGAGCAGCUCGUGGCCGAGGCGGCCAUCAAGAAGGACAAGGAGUCGAAGAAGAAGGAGAAGAGCCGAGAUCGUCGCAGCACAUGGAUCCACAAGGCGGGCGAGACAUCGAGCGGCGAGGCUGGGGCAGAGGCGCAUAUGGCGUCGGCGGCGGAAACGGCAGCAGACCUCCCGAACGUGCCGAAAGUAUAA